AAAUAUGGUGUGGCCCCUUUAAGAGCUGCGCGCUCCCGUUGAACGGUUGAUCUGUAUUGUACCUGUGAUUCGAGCACCGAAUAUAUGCGGGUUAUUUCUGUCUUUUCUGUUGCUCCUUUUAAGUUAUUUUAUUUAUUAAGUAACGCUGUGGACGGCACAACAUUCGCCGGUUGUGAAAUGCCAAUCGCCUCAGUGAAGUCGGUCUGACAUCAAGUGAGCUGAACUGAUAUCCCUGUUUGCUCCGUAAACACCGCGUUACAAACGAGCUGAUGGAAGUGAAGGAAGAGAAUGAAGAACUGAGUGAAGUGGAGGAGAAACAUCAUGACAAACCUGGAGAAAAACCUCUGAGUUGCUCAAAGACUGAAAAUACAUUUUUAAAGGAAAGAAGAGCUGAGAAAUCUACAACCUGCACUCAGUGUGGAAAGAGUUUCUCAACCAAACAAAGUCUUGAGCGUCACAUGAAAGUUCACACUGGAGAGAAGCCGUUCUCAUGUGAUCAGUGUGGAAAGAGUUUCAGUCAAUCAUCGCACCUUAAAGAACACAUGAGGAUCCACACCGGAGAGAAGCCGUUCACAUGUGAUCAGUGCGGCAAAACAUUUGUUGGGUCAUCAGACCUGAAGAGACACCUGAGAGUUCAUACGAAGGAGAAGCCACAUUCAUGUUCUGUGUGUGGAAAGAGUUUUUCACUGCUGCAAAAUUUACAUGCGCAUCAGCAAGUUCACAAUGCUGUAAAAGAUCAUGUGUGCUUUGAGUGUGAGAAGACUUAUACUACAGCAGACCAAUUAAAAAAGCACCAGAGAAUUCACACUGGAGAAAAACCUUACAAGUGUUCACACUGUGACAAGAGAUUCACUCAGUCAUCAUCUCUGAAAACACACCAGAGGAUCCACACUGGAGAAAAACCUUACAAGUGUUCACACUGUGACAAGAGAUUCACUCAGUUAGCAUCUCUGAAAACACAUGAGAGGAUCCACACUGGAGAAAAACCUUACAAGUGUUCACAGUGUGACAAGAGAUUCAAUACAUCAUCAUCUCUGAAAACACAUGAGAGGAUCCACACUGGAGAGAAGCCGCACACGUGUGAUCAGUGUGGAAAGAGUUUCACUACUAAAAGUCACCUGAAGAUACACAUGAAGAUCCAUGCAGUGCAGAGACCACAUCACCAGUCUGAAACCACAAUAAGUAGUUCAUCUUCAUGUGCUUAACAAGAAAAUCCCUUCUGUGAAAAUUAGUCACAGCAAAAUCUCUCCUCUCCACCUAUAGUUGGCGCUGUUGAAUUAUCCAGGUUGUGAAUGAGAAGCGACCCCUGAUGUGAUUGUGUACAUACAGUAGAACAUAGUAAAGUGCUAUAUAAUUGCCUCAUUCAUUCAUUUAUUAGUUAUCCAUUUCUUAAUAUGCGUUCUUGUCUGUUCUUGUAAAACGUCAUCAGUCGCUGCCGAGUACUGAUCCAAUUCAAAGUUCACAUCUAGCCAAGUACAGUUCAAAUCCCAGGAUGUGUUCUUGAUCCGCCCCUUUUAUCAAGGACUUUUGCGGACUUGAGACGGCCAGGUAUCCCAGAAUGCAUCUCACACUAACCAGCAAGUGUCAAUAGCAGAUUAGAAAACUUGCAUAAUUUAAACAUAUUACCGUUAUUAUAUAUAUGUUAUGAUAUUACAUACAGUACAUCAUGAUAUAUAGUUUCAAGACAAGAAUGUACUAGUUUAAAGAUCAAAUCUGUGGUUUGAUAAAGAAAUAGUGCCUAUUUGAAAAUUUGAUCUGACGUUUUUGGAGUUGUGAGAUCCAGGCAAUCACUGGAUGCUCAACGCUCAUCUACCAUACCGAGAACAGCCUUACCUUGGCUAGUUCUUCUGACAUUUGCCACUGGAUCUGAUGUAUCUGUAGUGGUUAAACAUGAGAUAAAAUUAGUCUUUUGUAUGUAUAAUGGGUGAUCGAAUUUGACUGAAUUUUUUGCUUUGUUUCUUAUUGUAGCUUUUUAUACCUUUUGCUUAUACUUUUA